AUGGCGGUUGAGAUACCCCCCGCGGCUGAUCCGUCUGUUCAGACCCGUCUGCCGGGGACCCGUACUCGGGCGCCCGGCGUGCACGAUAUACACGUCCCGGGGCCCCCGGGUCUGAUGCGCUUGCUCUGUGCUUUCCGGCAAUAACGCGUUGCCGCGCAGCUGGGCCGGUGCGGUUUCCGCGAAAGGCUCGCGCACGGGGUAAGCGCUUACACGCACGUGCGCGCCGAACCUGUAAACGCGACGUUGCGCGCGCCUGAUUUCCAAUGCGCUGCGAACACGCGCCGCGCGCCGACGUCCGCCGUCAAAGCGCACAGUUCGCCGCAUACGUUGCCGCACGUGGUUCAGUGCCGCGAAGCGUCGCGCGCGUUUCAAACAAUAAAAACGCACAAUAAAAUAACAGAGAGCAAAAAACGGUAUUUAAUACUCGCGAAUAAAUAUCGUGAUUAAAUGUAUAAACGAAAAUAUGUACACGUAAACAUUUUUAAAAAAGGGCCGACACCGUGGAUGGGAGCGGACGCUGUUGUAGGUGAGAAGUGGGGAAACCGGGAUGCAUGGGAUUAUUUCAUUUAUAUCUGUAACGGUACAUCAUUGUUUGACGAAAGGCGAUUCCCAGCGCAGUUCGAUAAUAUAUGAUUUGAAGUGCAGUCAUUUUUUUUGUUUACUUUCGUUUAAAUUUGAUUUCAAAACGCUUAUUAAAAAAAAAAAAAGUCGUCUGCUGAUUUUGGAAAUUUUACCACGUAUAGGCAAGUCCGAUAUAAGUAUUAUUACCAAGUUUCAAGUCUCUAAGUGUAUUUACAACCUAAUCGCAACAAAAACACUCCCAAAAAUUAAAAUUUCUUAAAAGCUCAAAAGUUUUGGCGAAUGAUACCGUAAGAAAGUAAAUUAAAAAGGCAUCAUUAAACGGUUUUUUUUUGUGAUUUUUCGAUUAAAUAUGAAUAUUCGAUUAAUAAUGAAAUCAUGAUAUUGUACGUUUUUUCCCACCUAAGUGCUUUUAUUUAAAAAAUGACGUAUAAAAUAAAAAAAAGACUUCUUUGAAGUACAAUGUAGACAACUUGAGCUUUCAGAAAAGGUGCUACACUUAUACAUCGGAGCAAGUUUACUAGAAAAAACGUGUCCACAGACUAAAAUAAAGAAAAAAAUAAACAGUAUUUUAAAAUUAAUUGUUCGCUACUCUUGGAUUCGAAAAAUAAUAAUUAAUAAAAAUAAUGAAUGCGUCCUCUGGAAUAUUGUGAUAAUUUGUAUCAUACGGUUUUGAAUUAAAAAUUCAUCAUCAGGUUUAUAGCAUUCAAAAUGUAAAAUGCAACUCGGGAAUAAAUUUGUGUUAUCAUUUUUAAUAGAGUUUAUUUUAUAUUUGUAGUUUUUUGUUUUUAAUAUUUUUGAAGUAUGUACAUUCUUUGUUAUUACAGUUACAGUUUUCACAGAUUGGUAAUGUUCCUGAUAUUUUGUUGUGUUAGAAAUAGUGAUGUAGGCCGUUUCAUUAAAUGCAGUGAAAUUUUAGUUUACAAUGUUUAUAUAUAUGUCCAAAUUUUUCGUAGUUUGUUCACUCGGGAAAGCGCCUCCCUUUUCCUUUCCUUUGAGUUUUUGCAGUACCUCUAUGAUUAUUAUGCAGUUUAGUAGUAAUUAGAAAAAGACUGUCUUGUUGUAUGUACACGCCAUUUUAAACAAAAUUUAAAAGAAAUUAUUCUUUUAACAUUGGUUUAUAUUUUAUUUUAUUUAUAUACAUACUUACUACUAUUCAUAUAAACUAUGAAAAUAUUUAAAUGUUUUAAAUAAUUUAAAAAAAAUUAAAUUGUUUUUUGUUUGUAAUGCAAAUAUUCGGAUGUACAGGUUUCUUUAAAAUUGGUUUAGGUUUAGGUACCUCAUUACUAUGCCAUUGUUAAAACCAUAAGUAUCCGUUCUGUACCCUUUAAUUUUUUUUCAGUUUUAUUAUAUAUUGUUAUUAUAUAUUAAUAUAUAUUGUAUUAUUAUAUAUAUAUUGAAUAUUGUCAAAUAUCCUGUUUAAAAUUUCUCAAAGCUUAAGAGUAUAACCCUUGAAUUAAUUAAAAAAAAAAAAAAAGUAAAUUUUGUUAGAGUUUACUAUUUAUCAUAAUUAUUAUUAUUAUUUCUACCUACCAUUAUGAUUUAUGUUAUAAUUCUGAUUCACAUUAUACAAUAUAUAUUAUAUAUUGUAUCUACAAAUCCUUAUAUAAUAUAAGUUUAGAACUGACAAAAUAUUUUAUUGUAUAGACUUGUAAUGUGGUUUUAUGAUAAUAACAAAUUAUUAUGAUUUUAAAUUUUUUCAGAUUUAGAUUAAAUUAGAAAAAAAAAUACAAUCAAAUGGCAAAUACCCAAACAAUUGUAGUAAAAAAAGAAUUUGAUGAAAUCAAUGAUUGUGAAUUUCAUAGUAUUAUCACUAUAGAAAAUGAUCCCAUAGAAUUAAUUUUGUGUGAAAAACUAAAACUUAGAAAAAAGAAAUACACAUGUUACCAUUGUAGUAACUCAUUUUUUUCAAAAUCAAAGUUAAAAUACCAUAUGAUAAUACACACUGGAAGAAAAGUUGACAGUGAAAACUGCCCUCUACAGUGAGUAUCUCUAAAUUAUUUUUUCAUAAUUUCUAUUUAAAUAAAAUAAAUCCAAUUUAAUCUUAAGUUUUGUCAUUUCAUAUUGCAUAUGUUUUAUACCCACAAUAACAAUUUAAUAACAAAUGCAUUUAUUUUUUAUGACAUAUUUUCUACAUUUAUUUGAAGUUUCCUACCUUUUGUUUUAUUCUGAAGGGGUCAACUUGAUUGGAAAUGUACCUAACCAUCUUUUAUAAGAUAUGAUGUUACAUAGACAGUCCCAUAAAGAAGGUGCUCAAAUAUACUGAAAAAUAAAAAACUAAUUAAUAAUUUAAAAAAAAUGUAGACAUGAAUAAGACAUAUUUUCCAAUUUUUCCAUCAUUCAAAUUAAUGCAUUUUUCCCAAUGAUAGAGUAACUUGAAAAUACCAUCUUACCAUUACAGUUUACACAGAUUGGUGAUGUUACUGAUGUUUCAUCACAUUAAGAGCAGUGAUGUAGACAGUUUCAUUGAGCAUAGCAAAAAUGUAGUUUAUAAGAUUUAUGCAUGUUUCUAUAUCUUUGUCAGUUUGUGCACGGGGGGGGGGGGGUUUCUUAGAUUUAUGCUGUGGCUCUAUGAUUAUUAUACAAAACCUUGUAGUUUGUUUAGUUUAAAGAUUUAUUGUGCUCUAGGAUUAUUAGCCAGUAGUAUUGUCAGUAGAGAAGUGGGUACUUUAUCUUUAUUUUUUAGUCUUUUAAUACAUUUUUCAGGAAAUAUUGGACUAUUUAGCUUUUUUGUGACAUUUUCAGUGAUUGAAAUAUGUAGAUUUCUUAUAACUGUAGAAAUGUCUUUUAGAUUUUGAGUGAAGUGAAGAAGCUUAUGGUUUUACAAAAAUGUUUAUUUUUUUUUAUCUGUGGGAAAAUUUUCUUUUCAAUCCAUAAGUGUAAUAUUCAUAUUUUGGUGAGUGAAUAGAAGUAAUUUAUUGAUUGUAUAUUGAUUUUUAUAUUGUGUACUUUAGCUGUGAUAGAAGAGUAAUUUUAAAUAACUUCGGAUUCAUUUUCAAAGGUUUUAUAUUUUCAACAUCAUUUAUAUUUGUAACAUAUUGAUUAUAUUUAAGGUUAUUUAUAUUUUAUCUGUUUCUAUUUUUUCUAAUGGAAAAUAGCUAUUAGAUGUGGUGAAAAUUAGUUUUAUUUUAUGGUUUGGAGAACCGUGUGCUUUCCUAUAUACUCACGGUGAUAUAAACUCUUUUUUGGAAUUGGGUGGCGGAGAAAGAAAGUUCAAAUCACUUUAAUCUGGGAGAAAUCUGUUUUUUUUCUGACGAGUCAAGGGACUUUUAAGUUUCUUUUGAUUUUUUGAUUGAGUUGUUGUAUUUGUGCUUGUACUUGAAAUACUCCAGUUAGAGUUCAUUUCAAACUUAAAAAUUAUAUCUGAUAUAUGUAACACAUCAAAGUAUUUGACUUCAACUCAUACAAUCCUUACAAAAAUUUAAUUUCUCAUGGACAAUGUGAUACACAUUCAUUUUAGAAGAUUAAGUUGGGUGGCCAUUUUCUGAACUUUUAGUUGUCUAACCUGACCUGCACUUCUUGCAUCAUCUCCAAUUGUUUCUUGAAAAUAAUUAAAUUUUGUUUUACAUUUUUCGAAACAUAUAUGUUAUUAACAUCAAUCAAUUAUUGACAAAUUUCAAAUUUUUUAAUUUGAAAAUUAAAACAUGAUUGAUGGUGUAGGCUUCUUAUUUUAUGUGACUUAAUAUUGAUUUUUUAAGUUUACAUAGCUAACAAAACAAUAAAAGAUAAUAUUCACAACACUUAAACUGCAUAUUUUGUUUCCAAACUUAUUAUUGUUAGAAUUAUUGAUUCUCAUUUUAAUGUCUGAUAUAAUAAGUUAAGGAUAUUUAAUAUAAAUUAUGAUUUUAAAUUUUUUUUAGAUUAUUUAGUAACUCUGAAGAAGAAAUUAAAGAACAUGGGCAUGAGCUAAUUUAUAUCGGAAAGAAACCUUUUAAAUGUGAUGUUUGUGAAAUAUUAUUUACUCGAUUGUCUAGUUUAAAGCGGCAUAAGAUAAUUCACACUGGAGAAAAACCAUUUAAAUGUAAUAUUUGUCAAAAAUCAUAUAGACUGAAAUCAAAUUUGGUGACACACACAAGGGUUCAUACUGGUGAGAAACCAUUUAAAUGUGAUGUUUGCAAAACAUUAUUUACUCAAUCAUUUAAUUUAAAUCGACACAAGUUGAUUCAUACAGGAGAAAAACUAUUUAAAUGUGAUGUUUGCAAAACAUUAUUUACUCGAUUGUCUAGUUUAAAGCGGCAUAAGAUAAUUCACACUGGAGAAAAACCAUUUAAAUGUAAUAUUUGUCAAAAAUCAUAUAGACUGAAAUCNGAAGCAUUGUUUACUCAAUCAUUUAAUUUAAAUCGACACAAGUUGGUUCAUACAGGAGAAAAACUAUUUAAAUGUGAUGUUUGCGAAACAUUAUUUACUCGAUUGUCUAGUUUAAAGAGGCAUAAGUUGAUUCAUACUAGAGAGAAAUCAUUUAAAUGUGAUGUUUGUCAAAAAUCAUAUAGACUGAAAUCAACUUUGAUGUCACACACAAGGGUUCAUACUGGUAAGAAACCAUUUAAAUGUGAUGUUUGCGAAGCAUUGUUUACUCAAUCAUUUAAUUUAAAGCGACACAAGUUGGUUCAUACAGGAGAAAAACUAUUUAAAUGUGAUGUUUGUGAAAAAUUAUUUACUCGAUUAUCUGGUUUAAAGAGGCAUAAGUUGAUUCAUACUAGAGAGAAAUCAUUUAAAUGUGAUGUUUGUGAAACAUUAUUUACUCAAUUAUCUAGUUUAAAGCAACACAAGUUUUUAAUUCACGUGUGA